UGAUAUAAGUGAUAACGCAGACGCACCGUCGCUCACAGAAAAGAAACCCUAGAUCGUUGCGGCCGAGAAACAAAGAAAGAAAAAGAGGGGAGACGAAACCAAAGCCGCUAGACAGGAAGAGAACAGAGAGCCAAAGAGAAAAAUCAAUCAACCAUGGCGGAGCACUUGGCGUCGAUCUUCGGUACCGAGAAGGACAGGGUGAACUGCCCCUUCUAUUUCAAGAUCGGAGCCUGUCGCCACGGCGACCGCUGCUCUCGCCUCCACACGAAGCCGAGCAUCAGCCCGACCCUCCUCCUCGCCAACAUGUACCAGAGGCCCGACAUGCUCACUCCCGGCGUCGACCCGGCCUCCCAGUCCCAGGGGCUCGACCCUCGCAAGAUCCAAGACCACUUCGAGGAUUUCUACCAGGACUUGUUCGAGGAGCUCAGCAAGCACGGGCACAUCGAGAGCUUGAACAUCUGUGAUAAUCUCGCGGACCACAUGGUUGGGAACGUGUAUGUCCAGUUUAGAGAGGAGGAUCAUGCUGCCAGUGCACUCCAGGCUCUUACUGGAAGGUUCUAUGCAGGGCGGCCGAUCAUUGUUGACUUCUCUCCGGUGACGGAUUUUCGUGAGGCAACAUGUAGGCAGUAUGAGGAAAAUGUGUGCAACAGAGGCGGAUACUGUAACUUCAUGCAUUUGAAGAAGAUCAGCAGGGAGUUGAGGAGGCAGCUAUUUGGGAGGAACAGGAGAAGGAACAGUAGGAGCAGGAGCCGUAGUCCCCCGAGGCACCGUGGCCAUGAUGAUCGUCCUCCUCAUGGCGGCCCACAUCAUGGUGGUCGUAGCUUCGGGAGAAGAGAUGACGACAGGGGUCACCACCUUGAGAGGGGUGGUGGUGGCAGGAGGCCAAGAAGCCGGAGUCCGCCUGGAAGAAGGGGAGGGGGCAGGAGCAGAAGCCCUGUAGGAGGAGGAAGGAGAAAUAGGAGUCCUCCAAUGAUGAGAGAGAUGAGAGAGAGUAGCGCUGAGAGGAGGGCAAAGAUUGAGCAGUGGAACAGGGAGAGAGAGCAGCCAGAGCCUGAUAAUAGGGGCGGUGAUCUUGAUGGGAACAACAGCAAUGGAUUGGCAAGAAACAAUGGCGGGGGUAGCUCCCCGGAUGAUCAUCAGUAUCAGUAGGGAUCAAAGCUGGAUGCUGCUACUCACCAACUUAAAGAGGUGGAGUACAGGUUCAGUUGUCUUGUGUCAACCCCCCUCCACUUAUCACCUCCUUUAACCAAUUGAACAGGCUAUCAAAUCAAAUUAGGAUAAGAAAAAGUGUUUUGAACCAUUGUCCUCUCUAAAACUUGUGUAGUUUCCUUUGAAAACCCUUUUCAGCAAGCUUUGUUUAGCCGGGGGCAGGUCUGGUCUGUAGAAUCUUCUGAGUUUGAAAAAGCUUAGUAAAACCACUAGGUACAGGUUCUUGCUUGGGUUUUUUCGGCGCUGAUAAAAACUGCAGGAGCCAUUGUUGCAGGUGGUGUUGGAGACGUAGCUUUGAGAAGAGGCAGAGUAGUGGGGGCAUUUUUCAAGUUUCCUGUUGUAGUCUUGUUAAAACAAAAACAUGUUCUUUAUGGAUUUGCUCUUUGUUGUUUUCUAGAUGUUGAAAGACAAUAUUGUUGAAUCUUAACUUAUCGACUUUGUUGCAUUCCUCUUGUUUCUUUGGGAUAUUCACAUGACAUGAUGAGAACCAUUCCUUUCUCCUAUGUUCGAUUAUGUAAAACAUAAUAUUUGUAUUGCUGUCAUAUAUGGGUGUAGUCUUGUUGUUGAUCGCACCCUUCUGUUUUCCAAACUUGUUGCAAGUUUUUCUGUGGAG